GUCACGUCGUCCAUUUUCACUUACCCGCACAUGGUGCCGCACCGGCAGAGUACCGUCAGUCUCCUAGUUUUUAUUUACUUUAACUUCACGGUCUCAAGGAACUUCGUCUGACUAAGCUGUUAAAUGCAAGAUACGGUGGAUAUGGUGGACGACCCCGAGUAUGAAGAAGAGGAGCCCUCCUUUAGCGACCCGGAGGACUUCGAGGAUGACGUCGAAGAUGAGGAACUCCUGGAUGACAUCCUGAGGGAGAAACCACAGGAGGCUGACGGCAUCGACUCAGUGGUGGUGGUCGACAAUGUCCCUCAGGUUGGCCCUGAACGUUUGGAAAAGCUCAAGAACGUCAUCCACAAGAUUUUCUCCAAGUUUGGCAAGAUCACCACUGAGUUUUACCCGGAGACCGAUGGCACAACCAAAGGGUACAUCUUCUUGGAGUAUGCUUCUCCCACCCAGGCUCUCGAGGCAGUGAAAAACGCAGAUGGCUACAAACUGGACAAACAGCAUACGUUUCGGGUCAACCUUUUCACCGACUUUGACAAGUACAUGAACAUCAGUGAUGAGUGGGAAACUCCAGAGAAGCAGCCUUUCAAAGACUUUGGCAACAUGCGCCAUUGGAUUGAGGACGCAGACUGUCGGGACCAGUACAGUGUGAUUUAUGAAGCUGGUGAAAGGACUGCCAUAUUCUCCAAUGAUGCCAAGGAUCCAGUCAUUGCCGAAGAGAGAGCCCGCUGGACUGAGACUUAUGUCCGGUGGUCUCCCAAAGGCACCUACCUGGCUACGUUCCACCAACGGGGCAUUGCAUUAUGGGGCGGAGAGAAGUUCAAGCAGAUUCAAAGGUUCAGCCAUCAGGGGGUGUCUCUCAUCGACUUCUCACCUUGUGAAAGGUAUGUCGUGACCUUCAGCCCACUGAUGGACACCAAAGAAGACCCACAGGCCAUCAUCAUCUGGGACAUUCUUACCGGACAGAAGAAGAGAGGUUUCCACUGUGAGAGCGCCGCACACUGGCCCAUAUUUAAAUGGAGCCAUGAUGGCAAGUUUUUUGCCCGGAUGACCCCAGACACACUGAGCAUCUAUGAGACUCCUUCUAUGGGCCUGCUUGACAAAAAGAGUCUUAAGAUCAGCGGAAUCAAGGACUUCUCAUGGUCUCCAGGCGACAACAUCAUUGCGUUCUGGGUACCUGAGGAUAAAAACAUCCCAGCCAGAGUGACUCUCAUGCAGAUGCCCUCUCGUCAAGAGAUCCGCGUUCGCAAUCUCUUCAAUGUGGUGGACUGCAAGCUGCACUGGCAGAGGAAUGGAGAUUAUCUCUGUGUAAAAGUAGACAGGACUCCUAAAGGAACUCAGGGUGUGGUUACUAACUUUGAAAUCUUUCGCAUGAGAGAGAAACAGGUUCCUGUUGAUGUGGUGGAGAUGAAAGAGAGCAUCAUAGCAUUUGCAUGGGAGCCCAAUGGCAGCACAUUUGCAGUUCUCCACGGAGAAUCACCCAGAAUCAACGCUUCCUUCUACCAUGUCAAAAACAACGGCAAGAUCGACCUCAUAAAGAUGUUUGACAAGCAACAGGCCAACAGCAUCUUCUGGAGCCCUCAGGGACAGUUCAUGGUUCUGGCUGGACUCAGGAGUAUGAACGGAGCGCUUGCCUUUGUCGACACAUCAGACUGCACCAUGAUGAACAUAGCCGAGCACUACAUGGCCUCUGACGUGGAAUGGGACCCAACCGGACGCUACGUUGUUACCUCCGUCUCCUGGUGGAGCCACAAGGUGGACAAUGCCUACUGGCUGUGGACAUUCCAGGGUCGUCUUCUUCAGAAGAACAACAAGGACCGCUUCUGUCAGCUGCUGUGGAGACCCAGACCACCAACUUUGCUCAGUGGAGACCAAAUCAAGAUGAUCAAGAAGGAUCUGAAGAAAUACUCCAAGAUCUUUGAGCAAAAGGAUCGUCUGAGCCAGUCCAAGGCUUCAAAGGAGCUGGUGGACAAGCGCAGGGCCAUGAUGGAAGACUACCAUCGCUAUAGGGAGCAGGCCCUGCAGCUCUAUCAGGAACAGAAGGACAUCCGCCUGGAACUCAGAGGAGGGGUGGACACUGAUGAGCUGGACAGCAACGUGGAUGACUGGGAGGAGGAGACCAUUGAAUUUUUUAUCAACGAAGAAAUCAUUCCCAUCGGAGAUCUGUAGUCCCCAACACAGUCCAUCUGUUUUUGUGUGGAAGAAGGAGAAAAGAAGCAUCAUUGAUUGGAGAAGGACAACGACCACACAGUGAAUUUUGGGGUUCAGUAACAAGCCUCAAUAUUCACUCUUAGUGACAUCAUCAGAACACGCCUUGCAGAUCAACAGCCAUAUCAAGGGACUCCAGAUCUCAUCAGCCACCCAAUUUUUCUUCCUCUUGUGGAACUUCAUAUUUACUAAUACUGUGUUUCCUGUUGUUCUCUCAAAAAAUUGGAGUACCGGAGCAACUUGCGGUUCCGGCAACUUCCGGGAGUCAUUCCUAACCUGGCCUCAUCAUGCUAGCGUGUUUUCGCCAUGCAGCGCAGAGUGCCAUAGCAGUGGGCGGUGGUGGUGCCGUGACUAAACAUGUAGCCUUGUUAGUGAAUGUGCUGAUGUGGCGCUAUAGUGGCCUGUAUCCUCCUCCUUUCAGACUAGGCUUUCACACAUGGAGGGGAUGUGCAGUGGGAAUAACUAAUAAACAGUCAAAUGUGA